AUGGAGAACAAUCCAAAGAUACGAGAAAAUGACUCAUCAGAUUAUCUUCCUGAAGAACUGAUCGCACAGAUUCUGGUGAACUUGCCGUCGAAAUCCGUAGUCAAGCUCAUCGUCGUCUCGAAACUGUGGUCUUCUAUAAUCUGCAGCAAAUCUUUCAUUGAUCUGUAUCUAGAACGAUCUUUGAAUCGUCCAUGUAUUCUCUUCUCAUUCCUUCGAGGCAACAUCCGGUUCUUUCACUCAAUCUUUGAGAAGGCAAUCUUAGAGGAAGCAGCAGCGUCUCCGAUUGAUGAAUACAAAGUCUUGUGCAUGACGGUGUUGCAAGUUCCUUCCAACUCUGGUCCCGUUGUGAGCGAAGAGCAUCAAGUUUUUACUCUAGGAGGAGCUGAGAAGAAGAAAGAAGCAGCAUGGAGAAUGAUCACAUGUAAGGUUCCACAUUGUCCUGCAACGCAAGGGAUAUGCAUUGACGGUGUUGUUUAUUACGGAGCUUGGUCCAACAGUAAACGCAAAGGAUCUCUAAUUGUGGCCUUUGACGUGAGAUCGGAAGAGUUCACUCUUGUUAAAUUACCCGAUGGUGUCGAAAUUUAUUAUGAUCGUGAUUCUGAAUUGGUGAACUACCAGAGGAAGCUAGCUUUAGCAAAUCUCUCAUAUAAGGAAAAAUUUGAAUUGUUGGUUUUGGACAAACAAGAAUGGUCAAAUAUCUCAGUUAUGGUUCCUUCUUUGAAAGAUUUAGUUGGACAAGACUUGUUCUAUCUCAGAGGUGCCAUUAGUUCCGGCGAAUUCAUAUUCACACCAAUGCAUUCGGAUUGGUCGUCCUUUAUUAUCAGUUACGAUCGCAAGGAAGAGAUCGCCAGAAGAGUUGAGCUUAAAGGAAUUAAAGAUCGCUCGCCUUAUAUGAGAGUCUUCUUGAAUCAUGUUGAGUGUCCUAUCUUUCUCUAA